GAGAGCGUGAACUCGGUUUGAAGACGUCCCGACUUCUAUCCGCCUUGUACUUCCUCACAGACAAGGGCGAGGUAGUGAUGCAGCGACUGCUUGACCGGUUCAAGAUUGGCCGGGUAGAAUCAGACCAGUUUCGUUUUUGUGGACGCGAGUACACACAGCGCCCAGACGGCACCAUAGAGGACGAAAAGGCCGCCAUGCCGGUGUCGCAUGCCCAGAGGCCAGAUUUGGCAUACCGAGUGAAUGCACUACAACAACGCGUCACAACCGCUACCGUAGAGACGUUGCGUGAAGCCAACAGGGCUGUUGCCUUGUCGGCGCUGAACGACGCCGACCGUAGCAUAGUCUACCGGGCUCACCUACCUUGGCAGUCCGGAAAACUUGCAGUGGUUACUUUCUGCGACACGUCUUUCCCAGCGAGCGUGUUGGAGCUCCUUGGUAAGCUGCCCACGCGCGGCGACUGGGAGGAAAUCACGCGCCGUACUAUGGUACAUGUGCAAUACACUGACUGUCGUAAUCUGUCGGACCACCUGCUCUCACCCGUGCCGAAGCAGGUCGAGGACAAGCGGUUAGCUGUAGAGCUAGCUGGUUUACGCCAAAUGCUUUGGGAAGGCGACGAGCUAAGCCACCAGGCAUUCGCACCGCACAGAGAUAUCCCCCGACCUCCGUUGGAUACCGACGCAUCUGCAAGAAGCAGACUGUUUGACCAAAUCUAUGAAACCUCACCUUCUGAAUGGGACAAUCACCACGAACACGGUAGCUGUGCUCGAAGAUGUGCCCAUAGCGGCGGCAGAGCAGGAGAGCCGCCAACAGCUCCUGAUGACACAACAGUCCAGGACGCAGCGCCUGCCAGACACCGUUCGGAGGAGCAAACUGAGCUUCCUGAUGAAGCGGGUAGUUAUUUCGUGCAUUAG